CGCGUGCGGUUGGGCCUAUCAACCCGAAAUGAAGGUUUUUGAGAAAUUUCUGAAGUUUACUACCUGCAUUUUGUGUUUUGUGCUCAUAAAUGGAGUGAUCGCCCUGACGUCACGCAUCAACACCUGUUUAUCUGGUGGGAGUACUGGUGAGUUACAGAAGCCAAACAUUUUAUUUAUAGUUGUGGAUGAUCUAAGACCAUCACUUGGUUGCUAUGGAGAUGAUUAUAUGGUGACUCCUAAUAUUGACAAUCUUGCAAAGCAGUCAGUGUUGUUUGAAAAUGCCUUUGUUCAGCAAGCUCUGUGUGGUCCAAGCAGAGUCUCAUUCUUAACAAGUCGACGACCUGACACCACACGUCUGUAUGAUUUCUACUCCUACUGGAGAGUGGCUGCUGGUAAUUUCACAACACUGCCACAGCACUUCAAAGAGAAUGGUUACCAUACAAUGUCCAUUGGGAAAGUUUUCCAUCCAGGAAAAAGCAGCAAUCACUCAGACGACUAUCCAUACAGCUGGUCUGUUCCAGCCUACCAUCCUUCAACACAGAAAUAUAAAAUGGCAAAAGUGUGUCCUGGACAUGAUGGUAAACUACACAUGAACUUGGUAUGUCCGGUAGAGGUGAACAGAAUGCCGGAACAUACAUUACCAGACCUACAGAGUACUGAAUAUGCUAGAGAGUACCUGAGAAAUAUGUCGUAUAAAAGGGAAAAGCCAUUCUUUCUGGCAGUAGGCUACCAUAAACCACAUAUACCCCUGAAAUUUCCUAAACAGUAUUUAGAUUUGUAUCCAUUAAACAAAGUACCGAAAGCACCAGACCCCACAUAUCCUUCAAAGCUUCCACCUGUUGCCUGGAAUCCCUGGACAGAUAUACGUGAACGUGAAGACGUACAGCAGCUUAACCUCAGCUUUCCAUAUGGUCCUGUACCAGAGAACUUCAGUCAGCUAAUUCGUCAGAGUUAUUUCGCUGCCACAUCAUACAUGGAUGAUCAAGUUGGUCUUCUGCUGUCAACACUCGAGAGUGAAGGAUUUGCCAACAAUACUAUUAUUGUGUUUGUUGGUGACCAUGGUUGGUCGCUCGGUGAACACCAGGAAUGGUCUAAAUAUAGUAACUUUGAGGUGUCCACCAGGGUGCCACUGAUGUUUUAUGUUCCUGGAAUUACAGCUUCUACACAACACAGAUUAUUUCCUCACAUCAGUCUUCUAGGAGAACAAGAUCAAAUAACAAAGUUAAAAAAUUCUGUCUACUACAAAAAAUGGAAUAUAGUGAAUACGGUUAUAAAUAAUACAGGUGAAAUAUUUAAAUCCAAGAAAACCACAGCUCUUGCAGAACUUGUUGAUAUAUUCCCUACACUUGCAGAGUUAGCUGGUAUCAAAAUACCAGAAAGAUGUCCAAUACAUUCAGCAGACGUCAUUUUGUGUACAGAGGGAUCGAGUCUUGUGCCACUAAUAUAUAAUUUAUCAACUGUGGAUCAAAGUUUACUACAAAGUGUUCAUCAUUACAAAACGUUUGCGCAAAAAUAUAGAAAUGUGAAUUCAAAAAUUAAAGGUUCUGCUCUGUUAGAGAAAAAAGCUGCUUUUAGCCAGUAUCCAAGGCCAUCAGAUCUGCCUAUUGAAAACAGUGACAAACCCAAGUUACGUGAUAUCAGUAUCAUGGGUUACUCCAUGAGAACUAAUGAUUAUAGGUACACAGAAUGGGUGACAUUUAAUCAUACAACUUUUGAAAUGGACUGGUCAGAAGCUCAUGCCAGGGAACUUUAUUCUCAUGCGUUUGAUUCAUUGGAAGACAGUAAUUUGGCUGGACUGAAGCAAUAUCAGUCCAUAGUUGAUAAACUUUCCAAACAGUUGCAUGCAGGAUGGAGGCAUGCCUAAGGAACACAUCUGAAUUAUUUCUACCCACCCCCAUCAACAGUGCGGAGUAUAUAAAACUCCAGGCUACCAGUGGUUCAAAUGGGCAAAUAUUUCAUGAAAUGAUUUAAUGUUAUAUGUGCCAUUGCUUAACCCUUACCCUGCUAAAUUUCUAAUGAAGUUGUCCAUCUUUAAAUUCAGACCGUACCAUUAACUGUUAAAAAGAUACUGACUGAAUAGCAAACAAGGCAGAUCUUGAUCAGACUGCAUGGAUGUGCAGGCUGAUGAUGAUCUAUACUGAUCGCAAAGGCAGAAUCAGUUGUGUCCAGCAUGCUAAGGAUUAAUCAGAAGUAAACUUAGUCCUUAGUUUAACUUUGAAAAUAUGUAUUAUUUAGCUCUACAGGAACAUUUUGUUGUCAAGUUUUGUUGUACCAGAAAUCCUUCUUAAAGGGCUGUUCUUAUAGGAACACUUGAAAAGACUGUAUAUGAUAUGACUCACUUGUCAAUUCUUAGUUUUGAAAUUAUGCAUUUCCUGAACCAUAAAUUUGACCAGAGUGAUCAUAUGCUCCUUUCCUUGAAUAUUUUAUACUUGGAUGCUUUGAAACCAUCAGUAACUUAGUAUUUCUGCAACCGGCUUGUGAUGUAAUCUCAGUGUUACCACUUAUAAUUCUAAAUAAUGAUGGUUUCAAGGUACAUGUGUAAUAGAGCUCCAAUGAAGCCCAUGUUAAGGGCAAUGAAAGAUUUAGCACAUUUCAUUAAGACUAGCUCCUAAAGUUUCUUUUUAUGCCGCCAGCAUCUACUGGUGCGGGAGGCAUAUAAUGAUUGUCCUGUUCGUUCGUCCAUCUGUCAGUUCGUACGAGGUUAACCAAAUGGGACCGUUUUGUCUAGCAUCAAUACCUCUUACUAGAAUGACUUGAUACUAAUGCAGAUGUAACCUGUGACCAUUCCUCAUCUUCAGACAUCACCUGACCUCAGUUUGACCUUGACCUUGACCUCAUUUUGGACUUAGGUUGCUUUAUAUGGGCUAUCUCUUGGUUAACCAAAUGGGACCGUUUUGUCUAGCAUCAAUACCCCUUACAAGAAUGAAUCGAUACUAAUACAGAUGUAAACUGUGACCAUUCCUCGUCUUCAAACAUUACCUGACCUCAGUUUGACCUUGACCUCGUUUUGGACUUAGGUGCAAAAUCUAUCGACAAGGGUGCCACUGGGGGCAUCAAGCGUUUAUUGAACGCAGCUCCUUGUUUUGGUGCAGCUUUUGCCAGAGCUCUUGACAGUCAGUAAAAAUGUUAUUUCUAAACUAGGAAGUUUGUAAGACAUAUUUUGAUUGAAUGAUAUUGCAUGUAAAGGGUCAAUGAAAUACCAUUGUGUUUCCAGGACUUCAUGAAAAGUGCUAUAUAUAAUGUAAACAGCCCAUCAACGCCAACACAAUUGUUUAUGACUCGAAGCUGAUAUUGUUGGUGUGUAGAGCAAUUACACUUUUUCUGUCAAGAAAAUACUGUUACUUUUUCUAGAUAUACACCAUUAUUUAUAAUUUAGUUUAACUUAAUUUGCCUGACUGCACUCAGCACUACUGUAUUCCUUAGAAUAUUGUUAUUUUCACAUUUAAAAUGAAGUAAAAUGAAUAAAUAAUAAUAAUAUUAAAUAUACAUGUAUAUUUUUGAAAAGUAAAGUUUAUUUUAUUGUUAAAUACAGUUCUGCAUUAACAAUUAUUUCUUUGGAACUAUCUCUUCUGCAAAUUAAAUAAUACACAUGAUUGUAUAUAACAUGACAGUAUCAUAUAUGCCAAUUUAGAAUAGAGCACUUGAUUGAUAAGUUUGAGCGCCAUAUAUAGUGUAAGAACUAUCAGUUAUUUCAAAAAGUAUAUAUAUAGUAGGUAAAAACUGAGUGAAGUGUAUGCCUUUAAGUAACAUUGCUUGCUUCCAUAGGAUCUUGAAUUAUUGUCCUGUUAGAAUUUGCAGUUAGCUUUGUGAAAUGUUGUUCUGUUUAGCUCACCUGUCACGUAGUGACAAGGUGAGCUUUUGUGAUUGCCCUUCGUCCGUCGUCCGUUCACAAUUUCUCAACGAUAGAGACCACAGUUUGCAAUCAACUUUAAUCAAACUUGCACACAACUUGUAUUGGCAUAAUAUCUAGGUUCCCUUCCAAAACUGGCCAGAUCCCAUCAUGGGUUCCAGAGUUAUGGCCCCUUAAAGAACCAAAAUUUACUAUUUUUGGCCUGUAAACAUGAUAGAGACCAAAUUUUGCAUUCAGCUUUAAUCAAACUUGCCACAACUUGUACUGGCAUAAUAUCUUGUUACCUUUUGAAAACUGGCAAGAUCCCAUCAUGGGUUCCAGAGUUGUGGCCCCUUAAAGGGCCAAAAUUUGCUUUUUUUCUUGUGAACACGAUAGAGACCACAUUUUGCAAUCAGCUUUAAUUAAACUUGCACACAACUUGUAUCGGCAUAAUAUCUCAGUUCCUUUCGAAAACUGGCCAGAUCCCAUCAUGGGUUCCAGAGUUAUGGCCCUUUAAAGGUCCAGAAUUUGCUAUUUUGGCUUUUGCAGCCAUAUAGAGACUUCAUUUAUGGUUUGAUUUCAUACAAACUUGCAAAAUAUCUUCAACAACAAUAAGUCUUGGAUUCCAUGAAGAAUCUGUCAGAGCCAAUCAUAGGGUCCAGAGUUAUGUUAUAUCUGAUUGCCUCCCCUGAUUUUAAUCAAAAUGGAUUUAUAUCAGUAAGUAGUUAUAGAACUCAUUUGAAAUUUCAUUAUUGUCAUUAGUUGGACUGAGACAAUCAGGGUAGAUAACUAUGGACUGAUUUUAUGUCAAAUUACCUCCUUUUAUUUCAAAUUGAAAUGGGUAUAUCUCCAUAACUAAUGAAGAUACAUGUACUGAUCUGAAAUUGCAUUUAUGCCAUCAGAUUGACUUGGACAAGCAGUGAAGAUACAUAUUGACUGAAUUUAUCACAAGUUACCUCCCUUUAUCUUUAUGUAAAUGAAUAUACCUAACAGCUUCUAAUGAGAUUAGUUUGAAACAUUAUUUAUGUCUUCCAUGGUAAGAAAUAGUCAUGUUAGAUAACUCUUGAUUGAUCGUUUAUCGAUAUGAAUACUUUUCUAAUAUAUUGUUGUAAAAAGCUUGUACUCUGUAUCUUUUACAUGCAUAUACCAAUGCAUGAUUACCUCCCCUGAUUUUAAUAAAAAUGGAUUUAUCUCAGUAAGUAUUUAUAGAACUCAUUUGAAAUUUCAUUAUUGUCAUUAGUUGGACUGAGACAAUCAGGGUAGAUAACUAUUGACUGAUUUUAUGUCAAAUUACCUCCCUUUGUUUCAAAUUAAAAUGGGUAUAUCAAAGUAACCAAUGAAGAUACUGAUUUGAAAUGUCAUUUAUGCCAUCAGAUGGACUCGGAUAAUCAGGGUAGAGAACUUUUGCCAAAUUACCUCCCUUUAUUUAAUGUAAAUGAAUAUACCUUAGCAGCAUCUAAUGAGAUUUGUUUUAAUGUUAUUCAAGUCUUCCAUGGUAAGAAAUAGUCAUGCUUGUACAAAAAUGCAGCAUUUGAGCCUAGGACCCUCAAACUUGAUAUAGAGAUUGGCCCUGACAAGUAUGUGACCCAUAGGUCAAAAGGGACUGUUACCAGAAAAUAUUUAUUCUGAUGAUAUUUAAAGAGUAUGCCUAUAUGAUCUAUGUCAAAACUUGGUCUUAUCAUUAAGAGCAAUGGUACUCAGGUGAGCAAUAUAGGGCCAUUAUGGCCCUUUUGGGUUUUUUUUGCAAUAAGUGAAAGUAUAUGGAGUCGGAUGAUACAAAACAGCUGAUCAGAAGCUGCUGUAGUUGUCUCUGUUGAUUUUUCAAAUGUCUGUGAUAAGCUUCUAAAAUAAAAUAUUUUAAAUA